AUGAAAAGUUAUCAUUUUCUUUGGUUCUUUUUGAACGUAUACAUAGUGUACACUUUUAACUUAGAGCCGAGAAUACCUGUUAUCAAAAAAGGACUAAACGGUUCUUAUUUCGGUUAUUCAGUAGCCGAACAUCAAGAAACUUCUGAUGAUGGUACAGAAAAACCAAAAAGUUGGAUGUUAAUUGGUGCUCCCCUGGGUCAAAAUAAACAACCGAAAACUAAUAAAUCUGGUGCAUUAUGGCAAUGUCCUUUAACAACAAACAAAACAGAUUGCACUCAAGUAAUCACGGAUGGACGAUUAACAGAAGGGAGUCUGUAUGACACAAGUUUUGAAUCUGAUGACUUAGUACCACCAGGUAAUGAUGAAAUUAAAGAUAACCAAUGGUUGGGGGUAACAGUACGCAGUCAAGGCAUUGGUGGCAAAGUAAUGGUUUGUGCUCAUAGACAUAUUGUAAAAACAGCAGAUUCUCAGUGGGGUCAAGGGCAAUGUUAUAUAUUAUCACAAGAUUUAAAAUAUCAAGAUUUAAAAAAACCUUGUUCUGGAAAACCUACAAACAAAGCACAUGAACAGUUUGGAUAUUGUCAGGCAGGAACAAGUGGUGUACUUACUUCAGAAGAUCGUGUUGUUAUUGGCACUCCUGGCCCACACACUUGGAGAGGAACUUUAUAUCUUUUUACCGUUUCCGACGAAUUUUUAACUAGAGAUAAUACUGUUUAUAACGCACCAAUGCAAGAUUCUUCUCCUGUUAGUAAAUAUAGUUAUUUAGGAAUGUCUGUUACUGUGGGUAAUUUCUUUAAUACUGGAUUGGCUUAUGCUGCUGGAGCUCCACGUUCAAAUGGCACGGGUCAAGUUAUUCUACUUACAAGACGUGAUUUUAAACCAGAUAUGGAUGUUGCUUUUAUUUUAGAUGGCGAACAGUUUGCUUCAAGUUUUGGAUAUGAAAUUACUUCUGCAGAUGUUAAUGGAGACAAUGUUACCGAUCUUAUUGUAGCAGCACCUUUUUACUUUAAUAAAGCAGAAGGGGGUGCAGUAUAUGUAUAUACAACAUUAGAAAAAACUUAUAAAGAACGCGAAAAAAGUAAACCUGUAAAACUUGUUGGUCGUGAAGAAUCAAGAUUUGGAUUUGCUUUGACAAAUCUAGGAGAUUUAAAUAAAGAUGGAUAUGAAGAUAUUGCUAUUGGAGCACCUUAUGAAAAAAAAGGAACAGUGUAUAUAUAUCUUGGUUCAAAGAAUGGAAUAAUUACAGUACCAUCACAGGUAAUACAUGCAGAUGAUAUGCCAGAGCCGUUACUAACAUUUGGCUAUUCGUUAAGUGGUGGAAUUGACAUGGAUCAAAAUGGAUAUUCGGAUUUAUUGGUUGGAGCUUAUGAAAAUGAUGCUGUAGCACUUCUUCGUUCGAAAAAAAUAAUUGAUAUCACUACUUACGUUCGUUAUUUAAAAAAGGAUGGCACAUAUCAAGAAAAAAUAGAACCUAUAGAUCCUAAUAAAAUUGGAUGUUUAGAGGAUCCAGAUUCAAAUCAUACAUGGUUUGAAACUGGAUAUUCUCGUUCACAUUAUGUAAAUCGCACUGUUAUUUUAGAUACAACAAAAUUGGAACACUGUCAAAAAGAAAUAGUUUAUUUAAAGGAAAAUACACGUGAUAUUCAGUCGCCUAUUAAAUUUCGCUUAAAUUAUUCAUUAGUACAAGAAGAGCCAAUUAUGCCUAGUGAAGGAGAACCUUUACCUGAUAUAAAAAAGUAUCCUAUUCUAAAUCAACAGGAAGCUGCUCGUGUGUUUGAAGCAACCUUUCAAAAAGAUUGUGGCAAUAAUGAUAUUUGUGAAAGUGAUUUACAAGUAAAGGCUCGAUUGAAUUUAUCAGCUUCUUCUAUAAAACCAAAUUUCUAUGAACUUUUACUGGGUGAAAGAGAAGAAGUUGUAGUAGAUGUGAACGUAUCCAACGUUGGAGAAUCUGCAUACGAAGCUCAAUUAUUCAUUGUUCAUUCCCAAAGCUUAAAUUAUAUUGCUAGUAAAAGCAAUGAUUCUGUGAUUUGUAAUUUACAUAAUGCUACUUUAGUAAGCUGUUCCAUUGGAAAUCCUUUUAAAAAAGAUAAGUUAGUAAAUAUACAAGUAAGGUUUGAUCCCAAAGAAUUAGAAGAUAACAAAUCGCAAUUAGAAUUUGUAAUAUUUGCAAAUUCUACUUCAAAAGAAAUAAAAGAAAAGGAGCCUGUAAGAUUACAAGCAACAGUAUUGAAACGAGCGGAAUUGUCAAUUAAAGGGAGCGCAAAAAUUCAAUGGGCCUUUUAUGGUGGACCAGUUAUAGGUGAAUCUGCUAUAAAAUAUUUAAAUGAAGUAGGACCUAAAGUUUCUCAUGUGUACGAAGUAUUUAAUGAAGGUCCAUGGAGAGUAAGCAGCUUAGAAGUUCGCAUUUCGUGGCCUUAUGAGGUCGCAAACGAUAAAGCUCAUGGCAAAUGGCUUUUAUAUUUAGAAGAACUGCCAACUGUACAAGCUUUAGGUGAUGGCGAAUGUAUACUGCCACCAGGACAAGUAGUUAAUCCAUUAAAGUUGCAAGAUAGUAUUAGCUACGAUGAUCUUGACGUAUUCCAAUCCGUAGUAUCUACUCCUACAACAUUAUCACAUAAUCAUACUAAUCACAUAAGAACCAGACGAGAUACGGAGAAAGUUGUUAACACGCGAACUAUCAUCGAUAAAGAUGGUCAUAGACAUCAAGUAGUCUCAAUGAAUUGUAAAGCGGGAACUGCCAAAUGCUUUGAUAUUACAUGCUUUAUAUACAAUUUACAAAGAAAACAAGAAGCAAUCAUAACUAUUAAGGCAAGACUGUGGAAUUCUACUCUGGUAGAAGAUUAUCCAAAAGUAGAUGAAGUAAAAAUAGGUUCUAAUGCAAAAAUAAUUAUACCACCUAAUGUUGUAAUACAACAAGAAAAUUUAAAAGAUGAUUAUGCAAUUGCUGAGACAGUUGUAUAUCCAGAUCUUCUUGAUCACCAAGAUGUUGAACCAGUACCAAUAUGGAUAAUUAUAGUGGCUGUUAUAGCAGGUUUGUUAUUAUUUGUUUUACUUACGUUGGUCCUUCGAAAACUUGGAUUCUUUAAAAGACGACGACCAGAUCCUACAUUGUCUGGAAAUCUCGAAAAACAUAGAGACGAUAAUCCAGAAAGUGAAGCGUUAUUUAAGCGUUAAAUACCGUAACAAAAGUACUGCAACUUUUUUACAUAAAUUAUCUCAUUUACUUAAAUUUAGAGUACUUACAAUGAA